UGGACAUAGUACAACUAUUUAUCCACAUUAAGAUACAGAUUGUUAGUUUGACACCAUGUGUUAAGAGCAUUUAAAUCAUUUUGCAGUAUGUGGCAGUCGCGGUUGGUAGAAAUUUUACAAAAUAUCUUUAGAUCAUCAGCAUAAAGUAGACAGCUACUCUGCAGUUCACUUUCAAAGUUCUUACAGGUUAUUACGAAUCGUGUACCAGUUUUUCAGCAUGGACGUUUUUGAGGCAGAUUGGUUCAGCAACAACUGGAGGUUUCAACACAAACGAGGAGUCUACACACACUUAACCUCACCCGGCGAGUUCUUUAACAACCCUCGUCGCCAUGUUAUGUCUUAGUUGGUAUCAAUAAUACCCGGAAGUAUACUAAUGGUUUAUUAUAGAUCACCGAUACAACUGUUACAAUCCGAACCCCGACAUGUGCAAAAACGUGUCCCGGCGAUAGUACUCAUCGUACAUGCGCAAUUUUGGGGAACCAGGGGCGUACUUAAUAUACUACACUUUCGGUUAUACCGCCAAAAUUAUGCUCGGAAGUUCAGCAGAGACUUUUGCAAUCUUGAUAUAAUAAAUAGGUUAUUAUUGUGCUCGGAUCCCCUGAUAACUGGCACGAGACGUACUCCCAGAAAAAUUACAAAACCAUUUCUCAAGGAAACUGUUGAAAUGUUCCUGCCUGAAGAACCGAUGGGCCAGUCUUAUUUGUCUGGUGACAAUGAUAAUGAUGAUGAUGAAGGCUCUGCACAAGAGAUAGGAGACUGUUUAGAUGAUUUUUGGUUGUCAUCUUCUUAAUAACAUCUUUUAUAUUUUUUUAAUAAAUAUUUUUACGUUUUCCAACUAUAA